AUGAUGCGCAUGCGUGAACACACCUGUCUCAGGUAAAGCGGAAGCUUGUGACUCAUUUUUUUUUAACUGAAAGUUGGAAUUUCAACACAUUCAACACUCCAGAGGAAGGGAUCAGUAAUGUGAAGGGUUGAGGUUGCACAAACAAGAAAACAUGAGUGCAUUUCCUGGAUCCACAACUCCGAAUAUCGGGCCGGAGUACUAUGAAAGCUCAUCUAAAUGGUCAAAAGAAAUCCUUGUGACAAAAGAUCCUGUGUUUGUGAACCGCACAGUGAUAAACGGACACUACAUUGGAAGAAAACCCCAUAAUUAUCUCCCCUUGGCUAUCAUUGCCUCCAUCCUUAACCCUCUCAUUGGACCCAUUGCCAUUGUCUUUGCCAUUAUGUCCACUCGUUCUUACUAUGAUGGUGACAUGAAAUAUGCGGAGAAGUGGGCCGAUUACGCAUUCAUGAUGUCAAUGGCCACACUGGGCAUUACGAUCAUUCUGGCAGUGGCCAUUGGUUUCACCCUCAGCAAUGUCCAGACAAAGGGUGGACAUGCACCAUGACAUAAAUAGAUCUGAGAGACAAAAAAGACCAUACAUGGACAAAUUUUAGUGUAUCAGUGAGCAUUACUAUUCGGGAAAGGACAUGUGAAUAUUCAUGGGAUCUUAUAGCCUUUUUAACACUGGAAAUAGAAAAUAUGAAGUUACAAUUCUAUUUUCUUUUUAAUGACACAAUUAUCAUGCGGAUGAACCUAAUAAUUGUUCAAAGUUUUUUUUAACAAUAAUUCUUCAACAUUUGCUUUGGUGAAAGUAUUAAGUUUUAUUCAGUGCCCUUUUAUGCAAUUUGUGAAUAAAAUAAUGACUUGUAUCUAUAAUCAGGAACUCAAAUUCAAUUUUUAAAAAAGUGACCUUUGAACUUCCUUAAACUACAGCAUUUUAAGCUACUGACAUUUGUAUGAUUGAUAAACAGUGAUGAUCAAUUGCCAUUCCAUGUGGUUAGAUAUCAUAAACAUGUGUACCUCUUGUUUUUACCCUUGAAUUUUAGAAUAUCUUACACAAAUAUGUAUAAUGAUUGUAUAAUAUGGCCAUUAAGACAUAUUUUAUCAUAAUAGACAUUUUGUUUUACUUUCAUUGAUUAUAUACAUGUAUAUAUAAAUGAUUCAGAAUAAAUCAUUAUAACUA